CUGAUCCCUAUGGAUAACUUAAUGAGUCAGUUCGCGGAGGGAAACUACAGUGAGCUGAUGAACUUUUCUGACUACAAUGACUGCGAUUACGCUGACUGGGAGCACUCGAACUCAGUGGUUCCUGUUCUCUACAUGCUGGUCUUCGUCUUCGGACUGUCCGGGAAUGGAGUGGUCAUUUGCAUAGUGUGGAAGUCCCGCACCAAGAGGAGAUCUGCAGACACCUACAUCGGGAACCUUGCCUUGGCUGACCUGGCCUUUGUGGUCACUUUACCCCUGUGGGCUGUGUACGCUGCCCUGGACUAUCACUGGCCUUUCAGCUGGCUUCUCUGUAAACUCAGUAGUUACCUGGUGAUGAUCAACAUGUACGCCAGCGUCUUCUGCCUGACCUGCCUCAGCUUUGACCGCUAUCUGGCCAUUGUCCACUCUCUGUCUAGCAACAAGCUGCGCUCCAAGAGGACCACCAUCCUCUCGUUGGUCCUUAUCUGGUCCCUGUCGGGCGUCCUGGCUUCUCCAGCUUUAAUACUGCGGCGGACGCAGGAAAAAGAGAACCAGACCGUCUGUGCCAUGGACUACUCUCUGGUGGCGAAUGACAACACUGAGCAUUUGUGGGUGGGGGGUCUCAGCCUGUUCGCCAGCACCGUGGGCUUCCUGCUGCCUUUCCUGCUGAUGUCCGGCUUCUAUUUUGCCAUUGGCAACACGGUCACCAGGCACUUCCAGAAUGUCAAGAAGGAAGAACAGAAGAAAAAACGCCUCCUCAAGAUCAUCACGGCCCUGGUCCUGGUCUUCGCCAUUUGCUGGCUCCCUUUCCACAUCAUUAAGACCAUCGAUGCAAUCAUCUGGCUGGAUCUCAUCAAGAUCCCGUGCUCCGUCGAUGAAUUCUUAAUCUCGGCUCAUCCUUACGCUACAUGUGUCGCUUACAUUAACAGCUGCCUCAACCCGUUCCUCUACGCGUUCUUUGAUCAGCGAUUUCGCUCAGAGUGUCUUUGUGUGCUGCGCUGUUCCCGGCUAAAGAAAGCUCUGCACACCCCGAUCACAUCCAUCUCCUCCAGCAUGAGCAACCCCACCAAAUCCGAAGCGCCCUCCUCUGCUACUAAAGUCUAAAAGCUGGGGGGUUGGGGGGAGAAAAUGAGACCCAGAGAGAGAGAGAGAGAGAGACAUCGCCAAUAACCCCAAAUCCUCUCCCGCUUGUCUGCCAAUGAACCUAAACUGUCCUCAGUCCAUGUGAGACAAACUCUUCAAUCUGAGGAAGGGUCACCGGACCCGAAACGUUAACCCCUGAUUUGUUUUUUCUUCUUCACAGAUGCCGCCAGACCCUGCUGAGCUUUUCCAGCAAUUUCUGGGUUUUGUUUUGCUCUUGAGUCGGACCUGCCUCCCCUCACCACCACCCCCCCACCCGACUCCCAGAGCGGUCUGUGCCGGUUGUAGCAGAGAAGGUGAAGCUGGGUCCUGACUGGUGACCGCACGGUCCGGGAUUGACAGCUCUGUUUCAGGGACCAGCAGAGAUUCUCCCGUUCGCCCCACCACAUGGUCGGUCCCUGGGAAAUCGAGCGCCGGGAGAGAUUUCUGCCUUUAGGCUCAAGGCUGGAGUUGCUGAUUUUGUUAUUUUUUUUAAAGAAACCUUUUUUUUUACGGAUUUUAACAUUAGGAAAGGGAUUCCGAUCCAGAGACAGAAGCCGGUUUCUUCUGUCCCGGAUUUCAUUCACCCGGGCACUGUUUUAUUUUCACACACAUCGUCUUCUUUCUCGUUCUCUCUCAACGUCUCGUUGUCCACACGUUUCUCCUGAUUAUUCUCCCUCUCUCCUCUGCCCCUGGUCUCAGUCUGUUCGGAUGCUGUUCUCACUGAAUCCAGGACAGGUAGUCGCCCUGUGCACCUUCUCUAAGUGACUAGACGCCUUUUCAUAGCCACACAUGCUGCCGCUUUCCUCGAUGGGGGACCCAGCUCCUAGAGAGCUGCGUCGGGGGUUCGCUCUCUGGCUUUACCCGGUUACAUAUCCGAGAUCGCGCUCCACACCAGGUCAAUACACCAGGACGGAGACUUAGUGCAUUGAUCCGGCAAGAGCUAAAGGGAGUUGGUGGGCACCUUAUUCAUUUUACUGAGGGACCAAAUAUUGUAGGUAAAUAUGUACAUUUAAUGCUUCUGGCGUCGUACUAGCUUGUGCCGCAACACUGGAUAGGAAAGCUGAAAUUUAUAUUAAACAUAAUCUGCUGCUUUUUUUGCUAACUUUCUACUUAAAAAUACAAUUGUAUAAUUGCAGUGAAAACAAUAAACCUCAAUGUAUGUUUUUUUGAUUCCUUUGUGACAAGUCAGGGAUUCAAAUAUUAAACGAACCAAAACGAACAGGUUUGAAUCUGGCAUCUAUUGUUAGUCAGCAUUAGCCUUUUUUUGUUAACAUGUUAGGGAUAUUUCUUUCAUUCUUCCGAACAAAAAUAUUUCUUAAUUGUCCAGGUAACUUUGCUGCAAGUCCGGUCUUUUAUGAUCUAUUCAGAGUCUACAGAGCCGUUUCCAGUCUGUUGGCAAACACGCUGUUUCCUGAUAAGUGAAUGUUUCAUUCAGCUUGGGGCACCAAUUGACAGGAAAAGUCAAUUACAUUGUGAAGUUUAAAGCUGUUUUCUAAAAAAAAAUAAGCGCGAAGUACCAUUUUUAACAUCAAAUUCUGAAUUAUGUGGAGAAACACUCUGCAGUCCAAAAGUGUGCAGCCUGUUCUGAGGAAGGCUCCCAGGACCCAAAACAUUAACUCUGAUUUAUCUUUAGAUGCUGCCAGACCUGCUGAGCUUUUCCAACAACUUCUGUUUUUGUUUCAAAGGUGUGCAGCGUUUGGAAAGGAUAACAUGCUGAAGAAGAGUGUACUAUGUUGCUACAAUCCUGAAUACAAGUGCCAGGUAGACCAUGCCCACACUUUCAGAACAAAUGCUGUUGCUAUCUUGUGUAACCUAACAGGGAAAUCAUAAGCACCAACAGACAUGUGUUAGGGUGUUUCUGUGAUUGAUUUCCUUAACCUCGCCUCCCAAUCCACCCAAUUUCAUCACCUCUUACCUUCAGAAUGCCAGAUCUAAACAAAAAAAACUUUUCCAUGAGUACGUGGGAGUCUGCAGUACACAUUCUUCAAGUGAUCUGAAAUGAAAACAGUAACGCAAGAUUAGUAGAAUAGGAAAGAGCGUUGCCUAAUAUUUAGGGUAGCAACUUCAUUAGAGACAAGGAGACCAGUUCCUUUGUUGCCUCCAAAACAAGGCAAGGCUGAAUAAAGAUCACUGAUCAAAUAUGCUGACUUAUUAUAAAGAGACUCAUUUGUUUACAAUUUAUUCACAUUCACCAAUGAACUCAUGAAACUCAAAACAGCGUUCUAGGGUCAUAUUGCAACAGCUCACAAGAUCAGUUGUUGUCAUAAGCCAACUUGCUACAUUUCUCAUACAUUCCAAGCAGCGUUAACCAUUGCCAAUUUGCACAUGAAGCUUCCUGGUUUUAGGUAAAUGAGCAUGCCCUUGGGUGGAGAGAAUGUGUUCUCCAUAACAGGCAAUUAGAAACUUAACCUAUAUACGAGUGAAUAACUUGGUUUGGAGACUGUUUAACUACUGCAGUAAAUUUCUGUUCAUAUCAAACCGUCGGCUAACCAAAAAGAAAUGAACUGUUAAUUGUUCAUUUGGAAUAGUCAAUACACUGCUACAUGUUUUGACAACAUAUUAAAGGAGUUCUCUUGGCCUCCUCUUGUUUUGAGAGGUUAACCUAUCAUUUUGUGAAUGCUUUUGGAGCUUCUGUUUGUUUCUGAUAUGUUCUAGUAUUGCUGUGGGGAAUAACAGAAAUAUCUUUGGGUCAAUUAUCAGUGCACUGUGAAGAUUAUUGGAUUGUGUAAAGGUUGAAGGCAAACCGUUUAUAAGUUGGUGCAUUAAUUUGCAAUAAGCACCAAUUAGACACUGGACAUUGUAAAAUAUUAUUUGCCUUAACUGAGGUGGCUGUACUACCUUUAUUACAUUUAUAUGCUUUAUUUGAAUUGUUUCAGAGCUACUGUAUCACUGUCUGACUGUGGAUCAGUUUGACAUCCUAUAUCAUUACUACAGUAUCAGUUUGUAUUGUUAUUGUGCUAUUGUACUAUGUGAAUGUGCUUCUGGUGAAAUCCUUUUUGUAAAAGUGUCCAA